AAAACGAGCGUCACAUAAUUGCUCGCCCUCGCGGAGGAGACGUCGCGCGAUCUGCCGACAGCAGCAGCGACGGCAGCAGAGGUAGCGACAGCGGCAGAAGCGUCGCUUUAAAAAAAGAAAGAAAAAACCGGCAACUUACAAUUUAGCAAUUGCAAAUCGAAUUAAGCUAAAAAAGGCGCAGUGACAGGAAGGCGAAGUGUGGAAAGGGGAGAGGGCAACAUACAGAUAAAUACAUAAAUAUGUAUAUAUAAUGUGCCUGAAGGUCAACCACAUCUUACAGGUUUCGUCUUUUGACUAUAACGCUGUGUCAGUGCACAAGAAUGUGUUAAUUUGGAAUUUCAACAACAACAAGAUCUGUGUCGACUGCCUGACGACAUAAACAUUAAAUUUGCAUAAAAAAGUAAACAAACGUUAAAAUAAAUCCGGCUAGCUGCAUAAUAUGAACAUCAUUGGGACAUCUUCGCAACGCAAGGGGGGAAGCAACAACAACUUGGAGAUGUUGCUGAUGUUGUUGUUGGGUCUGAUCUGUGGCACUUACUUAUCGCAGUUGAUGCAACGUGCCCGCUUGCAAUUCUUUGAUGAUGUCACCUCUCAGCAAGAUAGCAGCUCCCAAUCCUCCUCCCUCUCCCUCUCCAUCUCCAACUCGAACUCCAACUCAUCAGUGACCGCUCACUUGAACAACAACGCGACACGCAUUCUCUGCUUGGUUGUGGCAAGUUCGCUGCACUCACAUGCCGCACACAUAGAACGCACUUGGGGCAGGCGUUGCAACAAGUUGCUCUUCAUGGGCAGCCAGAGAGACAAGAAGCUAAACAUUAAAGAGAGACACACUAAUUCUUGGGCCAAGACGCGAUAUCAACUGCAGCAUGUUUAUCAGCAUUAUUACGAAGAUUACGAUUGGUUUCUAAAGGUCCCCGAUAAUACCUAUGUAAUAAUGGAGAACCUUCAGCAUUUUCUACAAGCUUACACACCAGAAACGCCAAUUUAUUUUGGCAGCAAUGAUUGGGAGCAAAUGAAACGGGGCUACGUCUCUGGAGCAGUUGGUUAUGUUUUCAGCAAGGCGGCACUGCAUCGAUUUAUGAAUCUGGGACACGGGAAUGGCAACCUCUGCAGUAACCGCAACUACGGUAUUGAGCAUGUGGAGAUUGCCCGAUGUUUACGGAAUGCCGGCGUAGUAGCUGGAAAUUCUCGAGAUGAGGAUGGACUCUCCCGUUUCCUACCAGUUCCACCUUAUGCACAGCAGAACUUAAACAAUAAAUCUCACAGCUUCUUCUCGAACACAGCAAUAGCAUUUCAUUAUAGUAAUUUUAGAGACUUUUACAUGAUUGAAUAUGUCAUCUACAAACUUCGUCCAUUUGGCCUUAUGCAAAUAAUUCCAGAAAAAAGGACCACUGCUUCGUUGGAUUAUAAUCAAAAUAAAUAAGGGAUUUGGGAAGAAGGAGUUACACUCAAGUAAUUCGGAUGGACUGUUGAAAACAAAGCCAAAGACAGACACUACUUAAUAUGCUUAGUUAUAUUUUGGUCGAAUUUUUACGCAAAUACUUAAAAUUCUGUCUAACAAUUGAUUUUUUAUAACUUGAAUAUUGAAUAUUCUUAAAAUCAAAAUGGUUAUAUUAGCCUUCAGAAAAUGAAUAAAGCAAGUAAGAUUUUAUCUUAA